AUGGGGCGCAAAGCCCCUCCGGGGCGCGCGCUGGCCCUGUUGGUACUCGUCGCGGCGCUGUGCUGCGAGGGGCACGCAGAGAGCACGUGGGGCAAGUUCAAGCUCAGCGGCCUGGCCGGCAAAUUGGCUGAAAUAUCCAAGACCUUCAAUUCGUCGAUCUCUGGCAUCCAGGCGUGCCAGGCCGCCGAGAUCAGCCUGUCGCAGGCCCGGCUGACGCUGACGGCGGCAUCGGGCGAAGUCUGGAAGAGGCAGGCCGAGCUGGCCGCGUCCCGCAUGAAGGUCGACUUCACCCGCGCCGACGUGGUGUCCGCCCAGAAGGCCGCCGCCAGCGCGGCGGCCGCGAAGCAGAAGGUCCAGCUGCGCCUGAGCGGCGCGACCAGCAGCCGGCUGCAGGCCGCGCAGGCGCUGGAGGCGGCCGCCGAGCAGCUGGACGACCUCAGGGCCGCCGCCAAGGCCGCGAACGACACGCUGGGCGCGCUUACGGCCGAGGCCGACGCGGCGGGCAAGAGCCUCGAGAGCGCGCGCGCCGCGUCGGACACCGCGGCCAGGCAGCUGUCGAGCCUCGAGAAGGCGCUGGCCGUACAGCACGCGCAGCUGUCGCUCGCGCGGUCGCGCGAGGCGACGCUGCGCGCGGAGGUCGCGCUCGCCAACAGCACCAGCGUCGCCGCGCACCGGGCGCUGUCGUCGGCCAAAGCGCGGCUCGCGGCGGCGCAGCAGGCGCUGGACGGCGCGGUUGCGCAGAAGGCGGCUGCGGACAAAGCGCUCGAGGCGGCCAAGGAGGCCGCGGCGCUUGGGGCCGGGGCCGCCAAAGCCGCACGCGCCGCGUCCAAGGCGGCGAACGCGAAACUGGCGGCCGCGGAGCAGGCGCUGGCCACCGCGCGCGCCAAGUCGGCGGGGUCGGACAUCGACCUCGCCGCCGCGCGGCGCGCCGCCGCAGACCUCGGGAACCUCGUCGCCACGGGCGCCCACCAGGUUGAGCAGGCCAAGUACACAAUCCAAGGUAUGCAGGGAACCUACUCUGCGGCGCGCGACGCGGCGGCCGCCGCGGGGCUGGUGGUGCAGCGCGAGCAGGCGGCACUCUCGGCGGCGGAGGCGGCUCUCAAGCAUGCGCAGGGCGCGGCCAAGGGGUCUGCCAUGCUGGCGGCAAGCGCGGGCAUCAAGGCGGCGAAGGCGAAGCUCACGGCUGCGCAGAAGACACUCAACGAGACACGCGCUGCUGAGGCCGCCGCCAAUGCGACGCUGGCGGCAGCCGCGGCGACCCUCUCAGAGAAGCGCGCCGAGGUGCUGGGCGCGCCCGCCAAGCUUGCGGCGGCCGAGCAGCUGGUGGAGCGCCUGACCGGCGGCGGCGGCUUCGCGGAAGGCGUGCAGGCGCUGCAGCAGCGGGUCAACAACCUGACGGCCGAGGCGCAGGCGGCGCUGCAGGCGGUGAGGGCGGCGGACCAGAAGGUUGUGGAGGCGGACAACGCGGCGGCGGCGGCAGAGGCGGCGUGGAACGCGGCGGAGGACGCGGUGGACGCGGCGCUGGGGUCUGCUGACUCUGAGGGAGUGGACGCCCAGCUCAAGCAGCUGGCCAAGAUGGCAGAGUUUGUGACCAAUGACAAUGUGCCUGAAUCGGUCGCCAGUCAGUCGAUCGCGGCCAAGGAAGCCAUCCGCAAGGCGGCCCUGGAGGUGUACUUUGCCAAGAACCAGGUGGACGCCUCCCAGAAGGAGCGCGAUGCUGCUGCGCUGCUGGCCAGCCAGCGCGCGGCGGCGGUCGAGACGCUUCAGGCGCAGUACCAGGAGCUGCUGGCCGCGGUGGCGCGCGCCAACCAGAAAGUGCUGCAGCUUGGGCAGGACGUCGUCACCGCAAAGAACAGCCUGUCGCUCGCCGGCGCCGCGCUGUCGCUGCAGCGCAGCGCCGCCUACGCGCUCCAGGGGCAGCUCAACAGCAGCAUGGCCGCCACGGCCGCCGCCACGAGCGUGGAGGACGAGGCGCGCGCCAAGGUCCAGGCCGCGGAGGACGCGGUCGCGGCGUUGGUCAAGGUCGAGCUGGAGAAGAAGUCGCUGCUGGAUCAGAUCACGGACCUCGGCAACAAGACGCGCGCGUCCGGCGACAAGGAUAAGCAGAUGGUGCUGAUCGAUGAGGCGAUCAUAGAGGCGAAAGCGGACUUUGAAAUGGCGUCCCGCAGGGUGGCCGACGCCGAGGCGCUCAAGGCGGUCGCGGAGGCGGGGCUACGCAAGGUGGCGCUGGUGCAGGACUUUGCGGAGGCGAAGAUGGGGGGCAUCAAGAUGAUCCUCAACCUCGCCCUCAACGAGACUGAUGCACUCCAGGCCAAGUACAAGCAUCAGAAGGAGGCAAUCCUGGCCGCCGAGGCCAAUGCCACCGCCGCCAGCAGCGAGGUCAAGCGGCUGCAGGCCGAGGCCGCGCACAAGCAGGAGCUGGCCACCUCGGCCACCACCAGCUACCAGACCGCGGUCAACUCUGCCCUCAAGACGCUCGGCGCGGCGCCGCCGGGCACGGAGGCGGCCGCGGCCGCGGGCGGGCAGGUCGUGCCCGAGGGGGUGGUGGCGCUGGUGCAGCAGGUGGCCAAGGCGAUCCCUCAACUGAAGAACCUCACGAUCGUGAGGGAGAAGCUGCAGGCGGGCGCGGACGCGGCGGCGGCCACGGCGGCCGAGGUGCAGGCGUCGCUGCAGAAGGCGCUGGGUUCCCUGGGCAAAGACAAGCCGGGGGUGGUGGUCGCGCAGGUCAAGGCUGAGCUGGCGUUUAAGCAGUACGAGCUCGCCCAGUCGGCGCUGCUCGCCGCCGACGGCGCGUGGACAGCCGCCAACAACACCUAUGGCGCCAAAAUGACCCAGCUCCAGGAGACCGUGCAGGGCCUUUCGCUGGCCCAGAUCGGCGCCGCCGCGACGAGCGGCACGCUGCAGGGCGCCCUGUCGGACCUGCAGAAGGCGAAGCAGCAGGUCGCGUCGCUGCCCGCCCAGCUCGAGGCGGCCAAGGCCGCGCUCGCGAAAUCGCAGGCCAAGGCCGCCGACGCGCGGCGCAACGCGACCGCGGCGAGCGGGGCGGCGCUGGCCGCGCAGGUCGCGUAUUCGUUGGCCACCGGCGCACUGUCCAAGGCGCAGGGGGCGGAGGCGGUCGCGGCGGCGCAGCAGGUGGUGGACGACGCGCGGGAGCGGCUGGCGGCGGCCAAGGAGGCGAUGGGCAAGGCACAGGCCAAUGCAAUCGGCGCGACCAUCGGGGCGGCUGCGGCGGCGACGGCCUAUGGCAUAAAGGCGGCGGCCGACGCCGCCGAGGCGGCGCAGGACCGCGUCGCAUUCGCAGAGUCCCAGGUCGCCGCCGCGCGCCUCGCGGCGCUCGCCGCCGCGUCGAAGCUCGCCGGCAACGGCACCGCGCCCACGGGCGCCGGCGCCGGCGCUGCGGCGGCCGCUGUUGCGGACGCGGCGCGGCGCGCGGCGGACGCGGCGGCGCUCGUGCAGGCGCGGAGCCGCGCGGUGUCGAUGGCGGAGCGCGAGGUCGCGAAGCGGGCCAAGGCAGUGGCGGAGGCGGACGCCGCUCUGGCGGCCAAGCAGGCCGAGCUGUCAGCGCUGGAGGCAGAGCGGGGCGCGCUCGCCGCGCAGGUGGGCGCAAUGCAGGCUGUGAUCGACGCCGCGCACGCCGGCGGCGAGUCCGGCGCCGCGCCGCUCGUCGCCGCGGCCGAGGCGGCCGCGGGCGAGGCCACGCGCAAGGCGGGCGCGCAGCAGGCGGCGGCGGAGUCGGCGUCGGUGCGGCUGUCGAUCGCGCAGCAGGCGAUGGCGGCGGCGGCGGAGGACCUCCGGACGGCGGCCGCCGCGGCGGGCAGCGCGGACGGCGCUGUGGCGGCGGCAAAGAAGGCGCACGAGGCGGCGGUGGCGCGCGCAGCGGCGGCGGCAGACGCGGUCGAUGCGGCGAGGAGGGCCAAGGCCAGGGCGGCGCAGGGGGUGGCUGAGCUGGCGGCGCGGAGGGGCAAGCUCUGCUGGCCGUGA